CGUGUACUGAGGCCACAACUGCUGCCCUCCAAGCCGCCCUUUAUCUCUUCAUGGCAGCAACGAGUGACAGCGGGCUAGUGGACACAGAUCCAGGUCGAGUUAGCAGCAUGACAGCCAUUAACUCGGGUCCGGUCGGAGAGGUGGGCGGCGUGAGGCUGCCACUGCAGUCAUUACAUGGAUACGGAUCUGUGUUCAUGUACUCGGCGUCGACGAGUCCCGGGGGUGGAGGUGGCCAGGGUGGCGGAGGCGGGGGUGAAGUCACCCUCCGCCUCCGCGAACCCGAGGACAUUCCCGAAGAGGUCCUAGCCCGCCUCGAGGACACCGCCACCCUCUCCAUUUCUCUUCAAAGCGAUGCAGUCCUGAGGCUAGGGGCGGCUGGCGCAGGAAAUGGGAACUUAGAGUUGUUCGAUAGUGAGAGCGGGCCGGACCUUACGCUAUCACCUCAAACCUUCACGUCAACGGCGGAGGCCUUCAUCAAUGACAAUAGCGACAGUCUCGGGGUUCCAGGAGACAACGAUACCGGCAACAGCGAGGAAUCGAGGGCCGGUGGCGGUGAUCCUGGGAAGCUGGGAGUGAAGAAAUCGAGACCGAAGGCCUCCUCGCCGAACAGGCAGGGACCACAGCAGUGUCAGAUCUGCGGGAAGGUGUUUAACAACGCAUCAGCGCUCACGAAGCACAAACUGACGCACAGCGACGAGAGGAAAUACGUGUGCACGAUGUGCGGCAAGGCGUUCAAACGACAGGACCACCUAAACGGACACAUGCUGACACAUCGAAAUAAAAAGCCGUACGAGUGCAAGGCGGAAGGGUGCGGCAAGUCUUACUGCGAUGCGAGGAGCCUGAGGAGGCACACGGAGAAUCAUCAUGCCGGCAGCAAAAUCAACGAAAGCAUCAGUCCUAGCAGCCCCACGACCGGGCCUCAUACGCCUAACACCCCCGGAAGCAAUCCCAGCACACCGAGCACACCUGGUGCAACCUCUACGACGAAUGGUCACGGGCACGCGGCCUUGAAGCAGCUUCUCGCCACCGAACCCGCGCAAACGCAACAGCAAAAGAGUGCCACGUCUCCCGGCGCCAGUAACGAUGGCCUCACGAAACAGCAGCUGGAGCUCAUCCAGCAGAUCAUGCAACAAACGCAACAACAGCAACAGCAAGCAACCACGCAACAGCAACAACAGCAGCAGCAGCAGCAACGGACUGCGACCCCCUCGACAGCGGUAGCCACACAAAUACAAAAGACACAAAAACCGUCCAUCAAAUCCACCGCGUCGCCCGGCAAUAUUUCCAAUAAUUCCGCAAGCGCAAACGCGACCAGCAAUGCGAGAUCGAGUCCGAAGCCGAAGAUGUGGAAUCACUCGCAGGGCCCUUCUUCCGCAUUAGGAAGCGGAAGUAUUACCGAGCGUACCCAAGAUCCCGUGCGCACGGCUCGUUGGAACUCGCCGCGGUAA